UCGACGUCGUCACCGUAGUCACUCACCUACGCCUGCACUCCUGCACACCACUUUCAGUUACCGUUUGGCGAGCUUCUCCAUCAGUUCGCGCAUAUCUUUCGCUCUUCGGCUUCUCUUCUGUUUAUAAAAAAGAAGUUUUGUGAUGUAACUCAGUGACGUCAGUUUGCCUUCUCAGAUAUUUUACAAGAACAGCUGAUGGCAGUGCGGAUACAGUGUUUUUAAAGCAUUGCUUCUUCCGGUUAAGCUAGCGACUAAGCCUUCCUAUUGAGUGACGUAUGUGGACCAAAAGUGUUCAGUGCUUGUAAAAUUGUGUUUAGAAAGUGAAUGAUAAAUUUCUGUAAAUAAUUCGUGUGGAAAUACGAUUAGUAGAAGAGAAUAUAAAUAAAUUACAACUUUUACAAAAUGAUAUGAUGGCUGAUACUUGUGGAAAAUGUGUAAACCUUUGGAACCCGUUUUGGUCUAGAAAAUAGCUCCAAAGGCAAAUACUAUCUCAGAUUCUCACGUAGGCUUCAGCAAUGCGAGGCUCAAGCACAACACCCACGUCAAUGAACUACCGUUACGAACCUGGCAGAUACUCUAGUCUCAGCCCUCUCAGAGGCCCUAGCGUUAGUUCAGUAAGUGAUGCCUGUGAAAAGACCGUCGUUAGGAUCCGAAGGACUGGAUUGCAUCAGGAACGAAUAAGGGUAGUUUGCACAACACGCAGGCAACAUGUCAGCAGGCUCGUCACCGUCACGGAUACUUGUCACAGUUUACCUGCGCUACGGAAGCAUGUCACAGUUAUCAGUUUUCCUCCAAAGAUGGAGCGCUCCCAGAUAGUCAAUUCCAUGGGCAGCUCUGAUCACAUUCAGGAACAAACUUAUAUACAAGCUCCAAGUUUCGUACAAUCUCAAAAUUAUGUGAACAAUUCGCCAAGCUCGAUCUACUGCAGGUCGCCAAAUUCUUCAAACUAUGUUUCGGUAGUGCAACCCCUCCAUAAAAAGGGGUCACUUAGAAAUGGCGAUGUUCUUAAGAGGUCCAGAGUGCAAGCAACUUACGAACUGUCACAGGAUAUUCUGGAUAAACAAAUCGAAGUAUUAGAACGUAAAUAUGGAGGAGAUAAAGCCCGUAGCGCAGCUCUCACGAUCCAAAGGGCGUUUCGAAGAUACACUUUACUUAAAAAAUUCGCAGCUAUAACAGCUAUGGCCAAAGCAGAGAAAAGGAUUAGCCGUAGACUCCCUGCAACUUCAGAAGACUGCAACCAAACUCCCACUACCGAACAACCAUGCAACGAUUAUGCUUUUGGCUUCGAUGCCCACGACUGCAACUCUUUACGGAUGAUGCCGGUACGAUCAAUGUCUUUGAGAGAGAGAAGACACAUAGAUAAUAUGCACAUACCCCGUAGUCAAUCAGGAACACCUACAGUUUGCUGGGAAAACUAUUCCUCCUCAUCUUUACAGCACUAUUAUUCUCCCGCUGAAAAUAAGUCAGACCUCUCCACUCAAGUGACACCUAGUAGUAGUUCUUGUGGCAAUCCAUCUACACCAUCAAAUGGAUAUUUGCGCUCUAGAAAUAGCUUAUCAAGCCGGAAGGUUCCACCAGAGGUUCCGAAGAGAACUUCUAGCAUAUCGUCAAAAUCCGUAGAGCCACAUCGUCAAAAGAGCAAUGGGCUAAUAAAAACAACAGAAAAUGGCUCAUUAUCUAGUGUACAGAGCUCAGGAAGUGAUAGCAGUAUUUCUACUGAAAGAUUGCAAUGUGAAUAUGCCAGCUCUCCAGUUUGGAAAAGAAAAGGCAACAACGCAUCGGAAUACGCAGAACCAGCAUUGGAAACUAGUCUUGGAAAUCUAUCUAAUGUUAGUUCUUCAACUUAUACUUUAGUAGAACGAGCAGCUGAUCAACAAGUCCCCAAUAGUUAUAAGAUUUCAGAGACCAUUCGUAAGCGCCAGUACCGAGUUGGUCUUAACUUAUUUAAUAAGAAACCUGAGAAAGGUAUUGCAUACCUUAUCAGAAGAGGAUUUUUAGAAAACUCUCCCCAAGGUGUAGCUAGAUUUCUUAUUUCGCGGAAAGGCCUGAGUAAGCAAAUGAUCGGAGAGUACUUAGGAAAUUUGCAAAGUCCUUUCUGUAUGGCUGUGUUGGAAUGUUUCGCUAGUGAGCUGGAUCUUUCCGGAAUGCAAGUUGAUGUUGCGUUGCGGAAAUUCCAGCAGCACUUCAGAAUGCCUGGAGAAGCUCAGAAAAUCGAAAGGUUAAUGGAGAUAUUCUCACAACGAUACUGUCAGUGCAAUGUGGACAUUGUUGGAAGACUGAGGUCACCAGAUACCAUUUUCGUGCUUGCUUUUGCAAUAAUAAUGUUAAAUACUGACUUACACACCCCAAGUAUAAAGCCAGAGAGGCGUAUGCGAGUUGAAGACUUUAUAAAGAACCUAAGAGGAAUUGAUGACUGUGGUGACAUAGACAGUGACAUGUUAGUAGGUGUUUACGAGAGAGUCAAAGCCAACGAAUUCAAACCUGGAUCAGAUCACGUAACUCAAGUCAUGAAAGUGCAAAGCACAAUAGUUGGCAAGAAACCAAAUAUGGCUCUACCACAUCGCAGGUUGGUGUGCUACUGUCGUUUGUAUGAAAUACCCGAUAUUUAUAAGAAAGAAAGGCCAGGUGUACACCAAAGGGAAGUAUUCCUGUUUAAUGAUCUCCUGGUAAUUACAAAGAUUCUGAGCAAGAAGAAAUCAUCUGUUACAUAUACAUUUAGGAAUAGUUACCCUCUCUGUGGAAUGAUAGUUACUCUUUUUGAUGUUCCACAUUAUCCAUAUGGUAUUCGUCUAAGUCAACGUGUAGAUCAAAAAGUUCUAGUUACAUUUAAUGCCAGAAACGAACAUGAUAGAUGUAAAUUUGCUGAAGACCUAAAAGAAGCUGUUAGUGAAAUGGAUGAAAUGGAAAAUCUUAGGAUAGAGGCCGAAUUAGAUAGGCAAAAAUCGAACAGAGGGGGAAACAGAACAGGGACAGAAAAUCGUGAUAGCGGAGUAGCAGAUGUAGAGGGAUGUCCUUAUCAAUGUCCAUGCUCUCAGAUGCCUUCGAUGAGCGCUAAUGAGGAAGAGAUUCACAAUGAUCCUCAAAUUAAACGUUCGGCUCUUAGUAAUUCCCUUCUGGACAUCCAUGAACAGUUUGCAGGAGAAAAGGCUCAGAGAAGAGGUAGUGUAGGCUCCCUAGAUAGUGGAAUGUCAGUCUCAUUCCAAUCCACAUCAGCCAGUUCCUGUUCAAGAUCUGACAAGCUAGCUGGAAAGCAACCAGGAAAAUCGGGUGUUCACAAUCACCAAGGUCACCAAGGAUUCCUAGGAGGAAUUUUCAAAAAGCAAAGCGCAGCUGGCUCCAAGUCUACAGAGGUGUAAAA